UCCAAUCGCCCCAUGCCUACUUCUUUUUUCCUCUCUCCCUACCCUUCUUGCCUUCUUUGCGGUGGUUUACUUCGCUUCGUUCCCCUUCCGAUCUCCCUCGGCUCCUCUCCCUCCGUUUCGGGUCUCUUGAUCGUAAGAAGAAGGACCUUUAGGAAUGGACGGCAUUCGGGAGCCGGGGCUUCGGAAGGUGGAAUCGCAUUGCUCCAUGGCGGAGGCCGACGACUUCGAUCUGUCGCGGCUUCUCGACAAGCCCAAGCUCAAUAUCGAGCGGCAGAGAUCGUUUGAUGAGAGGUCGCUCAGUGAGCUUUCCAUCAACGUGAGAGCCCUUGAUAAUUAUGAGAGCACGUAUUCCCCUGGAUUUAGGUCGGGGUUCGACACGCCGGCCUCGUCGGCCCGGAACUCGUUCGAGCCGCACCCGAUGGUCGCCGAGGCCUGGGAGGCUCUCCGGAGGUCCUUGGUGUAUUUCCGGGGGCAGCCGGUGGGGACGAUCGCCGCUUAUGAUCAUGCAUCAGAGGAGGUGCUGAACUAUGAUCAGGUGUUUGUCCGUGACUUUGUACCAAGUGCACUGGCCUUUCUAAUGAACGGGGAACACGAUAUAGUUAAAAAUUUUCUCCUAAAAACUCUCCACCUUCAAGGAUGGGAAAAGAAGAUAGAUCGUUUCAAGCUUGGCGAGGGUGUGAUGCCAGCCAGCUUCAAAGUCCUCCAUGAUCCUGUUAGGAAAACUGAUACUCUGAUUGCAGAUUUUGGUGAGAGUGCAAUUGGAAGAGUCGCACCUGUUGACUCAGGAUUCUGGUGGAUAAUUCUUCUGCGUGCCUAUACAAAGUCUACUGGGGAUUUAUCUCUUGCAGAAACACCUGAUUGUCAGAAGGGGAUGAGGCUUAUAUUAGCUUUAUGUCUGUCUGAGGGCUUUGACACAUUUCCAACCCUGCUCUGUGCUGACGGAUGCUCAAUGAUUGAUCGGAGAAUGGGUAUAUAUGGUUACCCUAUAGAAAUCCAAGCUCUUUUCUUUAUGGCAUUGAGAAGUGCUCUUCCAAUGCUUAAACAUGAUGCGGAAGGGAAGGAGUUUGUAGAGCGAAUAGUGAAACGUUUGCAUGCUUUGAGUUAUCACAUGAGAAGCUAUUUUUGGCUCGACUUCCAGCAAUUAAAUGACAUCUAUCGCUAUAAAACAGAGGAGUAUUCUCACACAGCAGUUAACAAAUUUAAUGUUAUUCCUGACUCUAUUCCUGAUUGGGUUUUUGAAUUUAUGCCUUGCCGUGGUGGCUACUUUAUUGGAAAUGUCAGUCCUGCAAGAAUGGACUUCCGAUGGUUUGCAUUAGGUAACUGUGUUGCGAUCCUAUCAUCUCUUGCUACCCCAGAGCAAUCUGUGGCUAUAAUGGAACUCAUUGAAGAACGCUGGCAAGAGCUAGUUGGAGAAAUGCCUCUGAAGGUAGCUUAUCCAGCCAUUGAGAGCCAUGAAUGGCGGAUUAUAACUGGUUGCGACCCCAAGAAUACCAGAUGGAGUUACCACAAUGGAGGAUCUUGGCCAGUGCUUCUGUGGCUGCUCACUGCAGCCUGUAUUAAGACAGGUCGACCACAGAUUGCCAGACGAGCAAUAGAGCUUGCAGAAAGCCGGCUGUUGAAGGACGGCUGGCCAGAAUAUUAUGAUGGCAAGUUUGGAAGGUAUGUUGGCAAACAGGCCAGGAAAUUCCAGACUUGGUCCAUUUCUGGUUAUUUGGUGGCUAAGAUGAUGCUGGAAGACCCCUCCCAUCUUGGUAUGAUAUCUUUGGAAGAGGACAAGGCAAUGAAGCCACUGAUGAAGAGAUCUACCUCGUGGACCUGCUGAUGAGAGCCUCCUCAGGAAAGGAAUUUCCUGCGCCAUUCUUUGCACUGGUUCCAUGGUUUUCAUAUCUUUCUUGCCCUUGAAGAGGCUUGGGUCUGUACAAUAUAGUCAAUCAUCAUUGUUCAAGUUCCCAAUAAAGGCGAGUGUUGUUAGCACAAACAAUUGGAUCACUUUGUAAUAAAGAAGAAACUCUUAUUUACAAAGUAAUGUUUGAUCUCAAUGCAGACUCGACUUAAAUUGGCCUCAGCUUGUGAGAUGAGUGCUCCAAUCAUCAUAAUCAUUAUGCCCUUGGCUGCUUCAGCUGCGAAGUGAUGAUGCAAUGUACUCAGCUAGUCAGCUGCAAUCUGAAACCACAUAUGAUGAAAUUUUAUGCCA